UCAAGACAGGUAGACUUAGCUAUAUCGAUACUUAAUAUUACGGUGAAGGAGUUCUUUUAUAAUAAGGGCGCUAAAACCCAUUGAAUUUGUCAAUAAGAUCAUAUCAGUAUGUAGUGCAUAAUUUAACAAAUUGUUGUGUUCGAGAGACGGGUAUUUUGUUAUGAAAAAAAUUGAACUAGGCUUUUGUUUUGGACUUACUAACAUAUUGACAGCAAAAUAGAGCAGAAUUUUGAAAAAUUCAUUGAACAUUGGAUAGUAUUUUGAACUGGAGGUAAAAAAUUUCUGAUCAGGCCAUGGCCUGUGUGCUUCCUGGCACAAUGAAGAGACAUAAACAUUUUAAAGCUGUAAACACUGGAUUAAAGAAUCAAUAAAAAUGGAGUUUGGUUAGAUAAUAAAAUUUUUUAUACGCUUUAGAAAAUGAUCAGUCAACGGAGUUAUGUGCAGAUUUAUUGUUAUUUGGAUACAAUAAAAUAGAUUCAAGAUAUGGCAGACUCUGUGGACGAAGUUAUAAAAGUUUCAAAGCUUUUAGGCUUUGAUUAUUCUAAAUUUGAAAACACUAGAAAAUCUUCUGUUGAAAAGAAGAAAAAUGCCGAAGAAAGCCGCUCUGUGAGAAAUAAGAAAAUUUUGGUCAGCCCUGCAAGAGCUUAUAGACCCAUGGGUGAUUGUUUGAAAGCAAACACUUCAAAUGCGGACAGAUCAGUCAGCAAAAGUCGGCCAGCUUUUGAGAAGGGAAUAAUUAAAACCGUUAGCACAGAAAGGUUCACUUAUAGCGGCAGAAACUCGGUUGAUCCGGAGAAGUUAAGUGUUGCACAGCUUAGAAAAAGUAAAAGCGAAACCAAAUUAAGAAAGGUAUCUAUAUCAGAUGAAGUUGACUUAGGCAAAGCUAAAAGUGAAGUAAAAUGUAGGAAAUCAACAUAUGAAGAUAAUGAAAAUUUGAAAAGCAAAAGUGAAGUGAAAAGUAGGAAAUCAUCAUAUGAAGAAAAUGAAAAAGUGAAAAGCAAAAGUGAAGUGAAGAGUAAGAAACCAAUAUCUGAAAAAAAUCAUCUUAAAAGCAAAAGUGAAAUAAAGAGUAAUAAAUUUCUUAGUGAAGACUCGGAUCAUAGAAAAAAUGGCAGAACUAAAUAUUCGCAGGACGAAAAAAAAAUUGUAAAAGAGUCAGAUAAUGAAAAGCCUUUAAGAGAAAUUCGCCGAAGACUGGAUUUUGAAAAUGAUGAAGUUGUUGAUGAAGUGGCACCUUUACCAAGUGGUCUAGAUUUUACGGAUAAAAUAGCUGCAUUAAGAUCUUUAAUGCACAAAGAUAGGGAGAUUUCUGAUAGGAAAGCAUACUAUGGCGAGUAUAGAUCUAGUCAGAGAAAAGUAAUAAUUUCACGAAGUGAUUCAUUGAAGGAAAACCAAGAACAAGUUAAUGAAAAAUUUGAUCCUGAAAAAGUAAAGGUAAGGGAUAGCUCAAAGACUAAGAAAUUGGAAAAUGAAAGGCACAGAAAGGUGCAAAGUGCUGAUUUGUUCCGAGGGAAAGAAUUGGAUGGUAGAUUGUCUUCGCUUGAUAUGCAUAUACUUAAAGAAAGGUUAGAAGCUAAACAUGAAAUUGUAAGUGACAAGAAGGAUAACAAAUUAGAUAUAAAGGAUAGUUCUAAAGUAGAUGAGCUAAGUGAUAGGUAUUUGAAAGGCAAUUCAUUGCUACAUGCAAGAAAGGAUAGAAAAAUUAUUGUAGCAAGUGCGCGGCAAGUUGCUGGAAGAGAAAAUAUUAUUGAUAAAACGGAAGAAACUAGGAGUAGACCAAGUUCAACACUUGAAGCCAAAGAGACUCAGACAAAUCAAUUAAAUCAGUCAAUAAGAAGUGUUCAAAGUAAUGUACCAUUUUAUGAGCCAGUAACCAGGCCAAUGAGUACACCGGUGUUAAAUUGUGAGCUGUCUGUGAGUAAAAGGAGGGUGCUGGCUAAAAGUAGAGAUAGAGGUCUAGUGGGUAUUGAACCUGGUAUAAACUUGAAAAAUAAUGAUGUGGCAUCUCCAUCUAGAGAUGAAAGGCAAACAAAUGUUAAUAACUUUGUAGGGACAAGCUUAACCCCAGAAAAAUUAAAGCAUAAAAGUUCUGUAAAAAAUGUUGAUAGGAAUAAGGUAUUGGAAGAAAAUGGUGAAACUAUAAAUAGAAAACGAAGAAGUUCAGAGCAUAGUAAACACAAAUAUGAUGCUGGGAAUCACAGACCAAGCUCCAGAGGGAGUAACAGGGGUGAAGAUAUUUUGUAUAUGAAUGGCAUCUCAGGAAAGACACAUGGAGAUUCUGAAAUUCUGUCACAGAAUAAUAGGUUGUUAGAUAAACUUAAAGAUUCAAAACAGGAGAAGAUAAAUGCGAAAGAUGCAUCAAGUAAAAGUGAAAGAAAAGUUAGGGAAUGGAUUAAAAAUCAAGAAAAACUUAUGAAAGGGAAAUAUGUUGAUAAUGAUGAUGAUGAUAUGAUGAUGGAAGAGUUAAAUGUUUGUAUAAGCUAUCCAGUUGGAUCUCCUCUACAAGCACUUAAAGGACUGUCCAAUGGUAGUGACAGGGAACAUGGAAAACUUGAGAAAACCAGAAAUGAUAAAUCACAUACGCCAAGUCCAAAAACUGCUUAUGGAAUAAUCCAGCCUAAUUGCACGAGUGGCGAUAAAAGACCGUUGAGUAGGCAGGAUAUUUUUGAUCGGUUAGAGCAUAUAACGAUGGCUGUAACAACGCAGAAGCAUCAGCUGGAACUGGAAAUUCCGAUGAAGGAUGUUCAGGUCUCGCAGAAAUCGCCAACCAGGCGGCGAUCAUUUACACCAGAUCUCCAAACAAUCAGAAAUUUACAGGGGAAAGCUGCAGAUAAUUGGGAUUCUGCGAGUACAGAGUCUUCAGUGUUUAGCCUUCCAUUUUCUAUCCGAUCCGGAGAGUCAAUCUCGUCCACGUGCCAGGCGGUGAAACUGCUGCGUAAACUUUACAAUGUUGACACAGAAACAAGACAAAACUUGGUGCUCAUGGCGAAAUGUUUCCGCCGAUGGUUUAAUAAUGUGUUACAUGCAAAGGCGAGAAACUUCGAAAUUACUCAAGCUGCGAAGAGAGUUAGUCCAAUCAGCUAUGGUGUCAUGUUACGGAAGAGUGACACAUGCUACAGAACCAAUGUGUUGGCCUACUACUUCAAUGUUUGGAAGACAGCCAGUAGAAAUGCCGGGCUGCAUCGUCAGGUUGAGCUCCUGCACAGGAGACACACCUUACAGAAGGGGAUGAACGCAUUUAAAUGGGCCAUCAACAGGUCCAAACUUCAACAGGGUAUGCUACAAGAUAGGAUCAAUAUCAUGUUGCUACAGUCUAUAUUUACCAAGUGGAAGUAUCGAACCUUAGAAAACAGACGUCUGCGACUUCAGCAAGCAUUCUUCCGAUGGAGACAGUUUACAAAAGAGGCACAAAAGUUGGAUGAUUUGCCUAUCACCCCAAUACAGAGGAUUCGAAUGUUACGGAAUCAGAGCAACAGGCGGUUGAAGGAAAGGGUGUUCCUAGAAUGGUAUGACACUUAUCAACAGUGUCUCAAACAGCACAAGGCAGACAUGCAUGCUAGACGAGGGUUAUUGUCACAAGGAUGGUCAUCAUGGCGGUGGUUUACUGUAUUAUCCAAGGAAAAGAAACAGAGAGAGUCUCUAGCUGUACAGUUAUUCCAGUUUACAUUACAAAGAAAAAUGUUCACCUAUAUGAAAGUGGAAUUUUCCAAAUACAUUGUGGCGAAACAGUUCCAUAAAGUGUCACAGCUGAAGGUUGCCAUGGUAGCGUGGAGGGCUGGUACCCAGGUCAGUAAGGCCGAGAGAGCAGAGGACAUGCGUGUUGCAGAAGUCUACUGGUCACGGUCGGCAUUGAGGGCACAUUUCACGGCCUGGCGGGACUCCCUUCUGACCAAUAAGGCUUGUAGGAUGUGCGACAGUAACUUUACCAGGAAUGCCUUUUACACAUGGAAAAGGCGCUAUGAGGAGUUGGUACAAAGACGUGAGGCCGUAGACAUGUAUAUAAGACAGAAGGUCCAGACACGCGCUUUCCAGCACUGGUAUACGUUCGUUGUUGUAAUGAAACAGAGGAGAGCCGCUGCUGUUGAGUGCUUGCAAUCUGUGUUACAGAGGCGCAUGUUUGAGCGCUGGCAUUGGUUCACAAUUUGUCAGAGAAAUCUCAGGAAACGUGCUUUGUUGCAUUUACGCAAACAUAACUUGGAUACUCAAAGACGUUAUCUGUCCAUAUGGAGGUCACAGUUCAAGGUCAAAUGUGAUGAGAAGAAGGCUCAACAGCUCUGGUCAAACUCUUGUGCCAGGAGGGCAGCAGAAUCAUGGAGACUGGUCUGUCACAGACGGAGGUUAGCCAGACUUUUGAUAGAUACAGAACCUAUAAGGCAACUCAAUACACAAAGAGUGUAUUUUUUGCAUUGGAAAUCACGGUUUGAGUUGAUACUGGAAGAGAAGCAAGAAGCCUCUGAUGUUCGGGCCAUCUUGGACACCUCAAAGCUUAAGCUGUACUUUGAAAAAUGGCAAACAGACACCCGGCAACGUCUGUUGAUUAAACCUAUGGUGCUUCGAUAUAGACAAAGGCUUAUUACUCAGUGCUUUCAAGGUUGGAGACAGUAUGUUGUACAUAAGGCAAGAUGUCUGAAGAGUGAGAAAUCCCUGCUGAGGGUCCGGCUACAGAAUAAAUUCAAAGCUUGGAGGAGACAGUAUGAGGUUCAUCAGAUAGAGAAAGAUUUAAACAAGAAACGAUUACAGCGAUCUACUCACAGGUGCUUGCAGGGUUGGCGAUUUGUCAUACAGCGUAAACACAGGGCACAACAGUUCCAUGAGAAACAUCUGGUGAAAUAUACGUUCAUUCACUGGAGUACACUGGCACUGAGAAAACUCCGGGAGAAGAGAUUACAACAAAUGGAAAUGGAGACGGUUAUGGGGUUACUACAGAAGUAUUUCAGCUUGUGGAAAGAGAGGUUAUAUUCCCAGCAAAGUACUGAGGAGGAAAAUGUAGCAUAUCUGCAGGAGAAGAUAGAAACAAACAGGGUCAAGGUCGCAUUCUAUUUUUGGAGAAGAUAUUUCCGAGCCACUCUUAUUGCUAGGGAGAAUGAAAAGAUACAGAUACGUAAACUUGCCAAGCAGGCCCUCCAAUCAUGGUAUACAUUUACCCAGAAUUCUCUACAGGAAGCUGUGGAGAAAUUUGCUACUGCCAUUGGUUUACGUCAGGAUGAUGAAGUGGCUUGCUUUGAUCAGGAUCAACAGGAGCUUGAUAAUAUAAGUUAUGAUAAAACAGGAGAUCUUCUUGGAAGGGGAGAUUCUAUUGAGAUGCUUAAUUUUGACCUUGAAACAUUCCAUAAUUCCGUUACUGGUACUCCAAGAACACCCAGAACACCAAAAUCCAUGACACCUAGAACACCAAGAUCCAUGACACCCAGAACACCCCAUACACCAAGAACUCCCAGAACACCUGGUUUUGGAACACCAAUGAGAAGACUUCAUUCACCGACACCAAGUCACAUGAGUCUGGCUCAGUCCCUAGAGUUUGAUUCCGGUGCUUUGACAAGUUCAAGUUUCAUUGAUGCCAGAUUUGAGAUGGAGCAUGCUGUGAAAAUAGAGAGUAGAAGGGAGAUUGUUGUGACUGUAGUUAACAGACUACGUCAUUGGCCAAUCAGUAUUGUGUUUGAACAAUGGAAGGAGUACACUGCCAGGCAGUCCGAAUUCAAGCUUCUAACAACAAAGAUGAUCAGUGUACAUCAGGAGCUUGCAUUGAAACAGUAUUUCAACUCCUGGGUUCAGCACCACAAAGAGAUGAAGCUGGCAAAACACCACUAUGAGGAAGUUUUACAGCAUAAGGCUCUACUCAGCCUGAUACUAUACAGAAAUAUGUGUAGAGAAAAGAAACAGAUGAACACUGUUGCUAGGUUACACUAUGCUAGAAAAGUGUACUCAUCAAUUUUCCCAAUAUGGUUGGCUAAGGCUCAGGAGAAACAGCAUGCUGAGAAAAUUGUGUUCUUAUGGACGAACAUCACGGAUGAGGAGCGACAGUUGAUACCACGAGAGCGUUCCUUCUGCUACAAACUUAAUAAGAAAUCUCUGAAAGAGUGUUUUACUGUAUGGCAGAAUAAAUAUCGAAAGAUCAGCAAGUUGAAGAAAGUGUACCACAAAAUUCUGUAUCAAAGGUAUUUUGGAUCUUGGUGCAACUGGGCUUUAGAACUACACAAUAGAAAAGUGAAAUGUGAACAGUUCAGGGACAAUAGGAGGAAAAAAUUGGUUUUCAAAACGUGGUGUUUACGACACACACAGAAGAAGGAAGUAGAAAGGAGAUAUGAAGACACAUGGCAUAAUUACCUGGUUACAAUAUUACAAUCUUGGCAACAGUGGGCACAUGAUCAAAGAAGAAGGAAAGUGAUAGCAGCAUAUGUGUCAGGGAUAAGAAAUAAGCAUCUUGUAUGUAGAAUGUUUGUACAGUGGAAGACAGAAUCAGAGAAACAUGUACGAGUGACACAAUGGUAUCAGACCAGGCUUUCAACAAGGGUACUGUCUGCCUGGCAGGAAGUAGCAUCCUGGCAGAAGGAUCUCAAACAAAGACAAUUACAGUGCCAACUUAUGUCCUAUAAGGCUCUUGCCAAAAGGGCGUUACGCCAGUGGUACGCAUGCUAUCAGCAACAACUUCAAGUACAUGAGCAUCAUGAACAGGUGUUACAACGUAGGGUUCUACGUCUAGGUACACACUGGAGAAAGAAGGCCCAGAAAACACGAGGUCAUAAACUACAUGCACAGUUUCAAAAUAACAAGAUGGGAAGAAUGUUUGCUAAAUGGAAGUCUGCAUACAGAAAGAAUUUAGACCGUUAUGACAUACUGGAGAAGUACAGGAACCAGAAGAAUCUACAACUGACAGCAGUAUGUUUGGAGACGUGGCGGACAGAGUUAAUGUGUAUACAAGCCCACAGGGUGUUCAGUAUGAAAUUAAUGAUAACGUUCUUGAGUAACUGGAAAUUGGCAGCAAGAGGCUGUUGUGAAAGGAGAAAUGCACUACAGAAGUAUACAGUGAAGAAAGAGAAACAGACACAGAAAGUGUUCUUCCUAUACUGGUACAAUGUCGCCAAAGCCAGGAAAUCUAUACGAGGGCAUGCUAAUCUUAAAAUGCAAUUAACUGUUUUCAAGUCCUGGUUGGUUUACACGCGCAAGAAGAACAACUUGCGUAGAUUAGAGUCGGCCUUCACUCGUAAACGUAAUCAAGGCAUUCUGCAGAACCACUGGUAUCUGGUAAAAACAAGGUUCGAUUACUGUGUAGAACUAUCAAGCAUGGCUAAUCGAGUUAUACAUGAGAAAAAUACAACUUUAAUGAACCAGGCUUUACAACAUUGGGCUUUCAGGUUAAAGAUUGUGAUAGCAGAUGAGUGCCAUGAACAUAUUCUUGCCAAACGUACUGCCAAUAGGUGGCGCCAUUUUGUGUUGAGGAGGCGGCAGGAACGACAGCAUAUGAAGGAGCAGACGGAGAAAGCUGUCAAGUUCUACAACAAACAUUUGUGCAAUAAAGUGUAUAAAAGUUGGUUUAAUGAAGUGCUUGCCACAAGACAGGCAGAGAAAAGGAAAGCACGAUUGUGUCGUAAAUAUGGUCUCAUGUGGAAACACAAGACAGACAUGGUCUAUACAGCAAAAUGUGUGCGUAAUGAGAAUUUGUGUAUGUCAGCAUGGAGAGUAUGGCACCUGGAGUUUGUUAGAAGAAAAACUAUCAAGAAAGUAGAGGCCUUUGAGAAGAAACAACAGCUGACUAUGGUAUUUGUAUCAUGGAAGAAUCUAUGUAAGAAAAGGAGUCGGAAGAUCUCCAUGAUUCCUCUACCAGUAUCGCCCGCAUUUAGCAUGCCAUCGGCGGGAAGUAGUGGCUCCUCGACCCCAACGGAUGAGCUUUACUCCCCAGUGCUCAACAAGCACAGUCUUCCACCCACCCAGAUACCAAUCCCCAACAGUGUCUUGAAGAGGAAGAAAUCUCUAAGUGCUAAAAACUCGCCGACAGGGUCCAUGGAAAAAUUGUCCUCGGAUAAAUUAUCAGCUCAUAACACAGGACGGCGGGGUUCCAUCUAUUAAAGGAUUUAU